AGUCACGGCGCCGGGGUGAAUGUCACCUCCACAGCAAGAUGGCGGCCAGAGUUCUCGGUAACAUUGUGGCCGCUGCGAGGAGGGCCACAGCCUGGACACAGGGCGAGGGCCGGGCUCCGGCAGCCGCUGCUGCUACCACCAGCACAGCAACCAUAACCAGGGCAUUAUCCGCGACUUCUUAUAACAGCAGGGAGGAAAGCUGGUUUAAAUCGCUGUUCGUUAGAAAGGUGGAUCCACGCAAAGAUGCUCAUUCAAACUUGCUAUCUAAAAAGGAAACUAGCAGCCUGUACAAAAUACAGUUUCACAACGUAAAGCCAGAAUGCCUGGAGGCUUACAACAAACUUUGCAUAGAGGUACUACCAAAAGUUCAUAAAGACGAAAACUACCCAUGUGAACUUGUGGGGACGUGGAAUACAUGGUAUGGAGAGCAGGAUCAAGCUGUCCACCUCUGGAAGUAUAGUGGAGGUUACCCCACGCUUACCGAGGUGAUGAGUAAGCUCAGACAAAAUAAGGAGUUCAUGGAGUUCAGGAAGGCGAGGGGUAAUAUGCUGCUGUCUCGAAAAAACCAAUUGCUUUUGGAGUUCAGUUUCUGGAAUGAGCCAGUACCUAGAUCAGGACCUAAUAUUUAUGAACUCCGAUCCUACCAGCUCAGGCCAGGAACAAUGAUUGAAUGGGGUAAUAAUUGGGCUCGUGCUAUCCGAUAUCGACAGGAGAACAAUGAAGCAGUUGGUGGCUUCUUCUCUCAGAUUGGCGAGUUGUACACAGUGCAUCACCUUUGGGCUUACAAGGACUUGCAGUCAAGAGAUGAGACACGAAAUUCAGCAUGGCAGAAGCCUGGCUGGGAUGAAUGUGUAUAUUACACAGUGCCACUCAUUCAGCGCAUGGAUUCCAGGAUUAUGAUUCCACUGAAGAUUUCACCACUUCAGUAGAGCUCAACUUGUAACGCCUUUUAAAAAAAAAAUGAAUGACCUGUGUUUUGUCUUAAUACAUGAGGAAAAAGCUAACGGAUUACUGACAUGAGUCUGUACUUGUAAUGAUUUAAAUAAGUAUUUUAACUUCAAAGUCUUUUAUUGAAUUUACAGAAACACUUCUAAUUGUCAGUUAUUAAUAGUGACAUUUUCUUUCGGAAGCACUAAGUAAAAUUAUAAUGUUAGAUGUGUAAAAUCCUGAAUGUUUAUCUUCGGUUUUAUUGUCCUAUUUCUGUUGCACUGUCCACCUCCACCUUUGGACUGAACCACUCAUGGCGGCAUCUUCUUUUAUCUGUUCCACUCAUGACCCAGUGGAAUGAUUUUGAAGGCAGUAAAUUUAAAGUUUUUUGUGUAUGUGUGUGUGUGUAUGUCUCCCAUUGAGCAACAUCAUGACAAUUUAUGCCUGGAUCUUGCAAAAAGGAGCAAUCAGAAUUCCCUCCCCAAAACGUUUACGAUCCCCGUUUAAUAAGGGACUCGUCAGUUGUCACAGUUUCUAAUGCGGUUAGUCAGGGAAUUACUUUUUAAGACAAAAUAUUUGUUUUUGUGGGGAAAAAAAUAGUACUCCUAUGCUGUUUCUCAAGAUAUUAGGGAUUCAGCUGUGUAUGAUACAAUAGGUUAUUUGUGUUCUUUUGGGUUGCUUUAUACUGCUGUAAGUGAUGCAUGUGAAAUCACUGUACAAAAUUGUAAGCUUACAAUGACAUUUUUUAGAACUGUUUUGUCGUGUGCUUAUUUUUUAAAAUGGCACUAUUAUGUAUAGUUUCUAGGAUUUACAGUAAUUAAGUAAAUCUAAUUAAUGAAAGAAAUCUGUUUCUAAGUCAUUGGUCAACUGUCAGGCUACAAUACCCAGUACAGUCUGAGGGCUGUAAUAAACUUGAUUUGCAA